UGUAGCAUGAAGUGUAAUCUUAUGCGGAGAAAGGUGCUGAUGAGUGAUCGUUGGGGUGGCAGUACGUGGAGGUGCCCAUCCCGAAGCCCAAGGCCGGUGAGCUGCUGUUGAAGGUUGAGGCGAUCAGCAACAAUCCGGUAGAAUUACGCAUCCAGGAUGGGUUAAUGAAGCACUUUCUUCCACUUAGAUUCCCAUUCGCCCCCGGCACUGAUGUUGCAGGUGAGGUCGUCAGCUUGGGCACCGGCGUCAAGGGAUUCCGCCCCGGUGACAAGGUCGUUGCUCAUAUCCAUGUUCUGAAAGGAGGAGGAUAUGCGGAGUACGCGAUCGCGUCGUCAUCAAGAGUGGUGCUGCGGGUGCCAGAAAUAUCAGCUUCCGAAGCUGCAUCGAUAGUGGUGGCUGGUUACACAGCGCUUCAAAGUGCCCGGCAGGUGGGCAUCAAGAGCCUCGCAGGCGGAUGCGAGCACCUCAAUGUUCAGAUCAUCGGCGCGUCGGGAGGCGUGGGUACCAUCCUUCUGCAGCUGGUGAAGCUAUCCGGCGCGCAUGUGACGGUCACAUGCAGCGAUCGCAACAUCGAGCUCAUGAGAAACCUGAAAGCCGACGAGGUGCUGGACUACCAAACUCAGCAGGGCGCAACCUACACCAGUCCUUCAGGAAGAAGAUACCACCGCGUAUUUAAUUGCGCCCACUUUGUACCCUUGUCCAAUUUCUCGGCGCAACUACAACCCAAUGCAAGAGUGAUAGACCUGACUCCCACAAGGCGCAGCAUCGUCGUGGCCAUGGUUAACAAAGUGUCGUUGCGGAGUCCUCACAGAUUCGAGAACUUCUACAUGUGGGAUAACCAGGAAGAUCUGCAGACGAUGAUGGAGCUGAUGGGGGCAGGGAAAGUGAAGGCAGUGCUGGAUACCACCUUCCCGCUUUGCAAAGCCGGCGAUGCGUGGGAUCACUGCUUGAAGCGGCGCUGCGCGGGUAAAAUCAUCUUGUGCUCAUCUCCACCCAUUUCAUCGUGACCUUCCUCGUCGUGACCUUCUUCGUGAAACUACAAGCGGAGUCCAUUGUGGAACUGACACGCUGGCUUGCAUUUCACGUGGCAAAGUUUCAAAUAGAUUUGAAUAUUUGUGAGUGUUGUCCCUGUGAUGUGAUUGGAUUGGAGCCCACUUUGAAACAAAGAAAGUAAAAGUGUGAGCUUCUUACAUUCGACUAUUACUAGAUUAGUUUUUCUACAAGGUACGAUGUUUUUUUUAUAUGACAAAAAAAUGAAUAUAUAUUUUUAUGAUUAUUAAUAUAAA